AUGGCAGGAUCUUCAUUUGAAGAUUAUGUAAAUGUUGAUGCUGAAAUUACAACUUCAGUAUUACCUACUGUGGAGGGGAGAAUAUCCCACCUGAAACAAGACGUUAGCAAAGACACAGAUCCAGAACCUGUCAUUCCGACAAUUGACAAAGCAAUGGAUGCAAUCACUACUUUGAGGCAAUUUAUUGAGAGCAAAUCAGGUGGUAAGGAUGCAUUCAAAGCAUUUUAUAUAGUGGAGAGUCAGGUAGCAGAAAUUCAUUUACAGAAAAAACAAAUGACAAUUUUAGAUUCUUUAAAAUAG